AGAAGAAGAAGAAGAAAACCAAACCGCUCGAAAACGAAUUCCAAGAGACCCAACAACCCCUCCCUCAGGAAUUCUCACUACUACUAGUCAUGAGCUCCCACGCUCUCUCUCUUCCCCACCGUUUCACUUCACCGCCGUUUCCCCUUCUUCUUCCUCCUCCAACCACCGCCUUCUUCCCUCUCACCACCGCUUUUACUCCACUUAAACUCCAUAGGCAGUCUCUUCUUCGACUUUCCGCCUGCCUAGAUAACAACAACGGUAACGGCGGAAAUAACGGCGGAAGUAACGGCGGAAACGGCGACAACAAUGACGGUGAUUGGUGGAGCAAUUUCUUCAAUUUUGAUAAGCGAAAAUCACUUCUCCUCUUCCUUCCUUUUACUCGUAAUAAUGAAGAUAGUUUUAUUGAUUCUAUGUUGUCAUGUAAACCUUUAUUAUUAUUCUUUGUAUCAGUUACUUCAUCAAUUACAUGUUCCUUACUAUUAGCUUCAUUUGUACAAGCACAAACUAAUAAUAAUGGAGAGGAAAUUGUGUAUGAAAUUAGAGGAGGAAAGAAGUUUGAACUCAUACCUGAUUAUACAAAGGAUGAAUUUGUACAAUCAAAGGCAAUGUGGUACGAUUUAUUGUUGGAAUCGAGAUCGGGUAGUAGUUUUGUUUCGAAUUUGUGGAUGCAAUGUAAGGAGUUGUCAAUGAAUUUGUUGCUUCCCGAGGGGUUUCCGGAGAGUGUUACGAGUGAUUAUUUGGAGUAUGCACUUUGGAGAGGGGUUCAAGGUGUUGCUGCACAAAUUAGUGGUGUUCUUGCUACUCAGGCCUUGCUUUAUGCUGUUGGAUUAGGGAAAGGGGCUAUUCCUACUGCUGCUGCUGUUAAUUGGGUGCUUAAGGAUGGAAUUGGAUAUCUUAGCAAGAUUCUUUUGUCGAAUUAUGGCAGGCAUUUUGAUGUCAAUCCUAAGAGCUGGAGGCUGUUUGCAGACCUUUUGGAGAAUGCUGCUUAUGGGCUGGAGAUUUUGACCCCUGCCUUCCCGCAUCUGUUUGUUCCUAUUGGAGCUGUUGCUGGCGCAGGGAGAUCAGCUGCUUCCUUAAUCCAGGCUGCUACAAGGAGCUGCUUCUAUGCGGGUUUUGCUGCUCAGAGGAACUUCGCUGAGGUGAUUGCAAAGGGUGAAGCUCAAGGAAUGGUGAGCAAAGCUAUUGGAAUAAUGCUUGGCAUUGCACUGGCUAACUGCACCCGCUCUUCUACGUCUCUUGCUCUUGCUUCUUUUGGAGUGGUAACUUGGAUCCACAUGUUCUGUAAUCUGAAGUCAUAUCAGUCCAUUCAACUAAGGACUUUAAAUCCUUAUCGUGCAAGUCUAGUCUUCAGUGAAUAUCUGCUCAGUGGUCUAGUUCCUUCUGUUAAAGAGGUCAAUGAUGAGGAGCCCCUUUUUCCCGCUGCUAUUUUAAAUCUAAAGGCAGCAUAUGAAACACAAACGGAAGUACUUACUGACCAUGCUAAGCAAGCAGCUUCUGGGAUUGUGCGACGGUUGCAGCUGGGUUCUAAACUUUCUGAUGUUGCUACAAGUCGAGAAGAUGCCCUUUCUCUGUUUGAACUGUACAAGAAUGAAGGUUACAUUUUGACUGAGCAUGAAGGAAGAUUUUGUAUUGUACUGAAAGAAAGUUCAUCACCACAAGAUAUGUUGAAGUCAUUGUUUCAUGUCAAUUACCUGUACUGGUUGGAGAAUAAUGCAGGAAUCAAGUCGAGCAGUGUAGCUAAUGACUGCAGGCCUGGGGGAAGGCUACAGAUGUCUUUGGAGUAUGUUGAGAGAGAGUUUAAUCAUGUCAAAAGUGACGGUGAGGUAGCAGGUUGGGUAACUGAUAGUCUCAUCGCGAGACCUUUGCCAAAUCGAAUUCGGUUGGAUUACGCAACUGUAUCUUCUGUUGCAGAAGGUUGACCUUAUAUUACAAGGCACGGUUUAUUUGAGCAAGCUGUUGUUUCCCAGCUCAAGUCAGCUGCCAAACCAUGGUGAUGGGUUCACUUUGGAUGCAUCUACAGGCGGAAGAGCUUGAAAACGACUGAUGAAACCCAUUUCGGUGACUGUACAAUGAGCUUGAAACGGUGUCAUACUGGAAUGUGGAUCAAGAAUUGGACGAUGCAGUAUGCAGGUUGAAUGGGGUGGGUUCAUGCGAGUAUCUGAAUUCUUGAAUUCAUUGCUAUUCUAUCAAUAGCUAUGAAGUUCCAUCGAUCUUGAUCAGAUAACGUUGCAACAUGUGGGGCCUCUCCUCCAUUCUUUCAUGAACAGGGGCGGAGCUAGAGUGUAGGGAGCAGGUUCGGCAAAACCCAGUAGUUUGGGUUCAAACUUGCCAUACAAAUAUUCAUUUAAUAUGUACAAAUUAUUAAUUUAGAACUCAGUAGCUCAGAAGGGAUAUAAUCUCCUACCCAUACGCUUUAAA